AUGAUCGCUCCCAAGCUCCUCGCCGUCGUCCCCCUCCUUUCUGGAGCCGUCUUCGCCGCUCCCGCCCCCGCCGUUGGGCUCACCGAUGCCAACGGUGCACCUGUUCUCUUCAAGCGCGGCGAGGGCAUUCAUCUCAUGAACUGCGAAUAUACCGGCAGCGUCCCCAGUUUCGCAUCUCUCGUUGUUUACUGUGCCAACGACGGCGACUGCAACAACCUGUCUGUCGUCCACCCCAACUCGAACGUGUGCACCAAGAGUAGAAGUGGGACUCGUAGUUAUCACACGUGGGAGGGCAGCACGCAGUCGUGCACAUUUGGCAGUGGCAUCACAUUCACUUGGAACAUUCCAAGUAAUGCCCAGUCUUUGCCCAAUUAUAACUAUGUGGGAACUGGAAGCAACGGCUAUAACACGUACUCGGGGUACAAGGACGACCAGCAUUUCGGCGUCCAGUACUGGGAUUCCAAAUGCCGAAGCAUCUACUAUUACAUCUGA